AUGGGUUAUAUUUCUGGCAAUGUGGUAGAGAAGGUUGUAAGCGGAGGAAUAGGCUGGUCACUCUGUCAUAAUAAAGAGGUUUUGUGUUUGUGCAUGGAGAGUACUUUAUUCCUGUAUGACUUAGUGAGUUUAAGAAUACUGAAAAAAAUAGAAACAAGAACUGACACAGGAAAUAGACUAAAAAUAACACUAUUUAAUGAAAAACAAGAAAAUAAUGAAGAAAAAAAGUACUGUGAUGGGAGACCAAAAAAUACAAAAUGUGAAGAGUAUUCAGUGCAUGAGAAUAAUUCUGGUGAUAUUUUGGGCAUAGGAAAUAUUGACGAGAAUAAUAUUAUCAGAAGAGGGGAGUUUAUGAAAGAUUCGGAUUUAAUUGGAGUGGGUUAUUUUAAUGGUGUAUGUGAUAUAAUAAAUACUCAGACAGGAGACUUAAUUGACAGGCUAGAAGGCGAUGAGAGUGAAAUAAAAAGUAUUUCAUUUAAUGAGUGCGGCAGACUUGCAUUUAGUACAAGACAGGGAAGUAUUUGGGUGUGGUUAAUGAAUUCUGAUGGUGAAUGGGAGAUUGAAGAGAUUAUUGAGUACAGUGAGAGUGAUGUAAAAAGUGUUAUAUGGCACGAGAAUAGUUUAAUUUCUGUUGGGUACUCAAAUGAAAUUGUUAUAUAUAAUAGGUGGGAAGAUGAUGUAUGUGGCAUUAAGUGGGAAAUAGAGAAUAUAUUUAAAAUGGACUCUUGUAUAUGGGAUGUUUCUAUAAUAGAAGAUUCUGUCUCUUAUAUGGGCGCUGUAACACAGAGUGGUAUUCUAAAAAUAUUUAAGAAAGACUAUGAGAAUACCAGUGACUGGGAAGUAGUUAAAGAACAGAAAAUAUCUGAAUAUCCCAUUAUAUCCAUGUGCAAUGGUAUAAUUAACAGUAUAAAAUGCUUUGCAAUGAUUAUUAACAGAAGAAAUCUCGCAUUGUAUUCUGUUGAUGGCGUUCUUAUUAAAGAAUAUUCUGUUUUAACAGAGUACGAUGAACCGGUUGAUAUAAUCUUUUCAGAGAAAUCCUCUUCAUUUAUUAUACUAUCAUACCAAAUACAUUCACAAAAGAAAAGAGCCAUCAUCAGAUCUAUUAAACUAUAA